AUGUUCAAGGCCCUGAUGGGCGGGGGCCGCUCGUCGUCUUCAUCCGACGUUCGCAGCUCCAAGAGCAGCAGGCGCAAAUCCGAAAAGCUUGACAAAUCUGACACAAGAUCGAUCUCAAGUCGCAAGUCCUCACGGGGUGACGACCGUGACCGCGGCCUGGGUGACUUGUCGUCUUAUUCGCCAUCGGUUUCGCGCAGUAAGCGUGGCCCACCUAGCAUCGCCGGCGACUCCGUCGCAUCCACCUAUGUGACCGCUGAGCCAGAAACCAUUGAUGACUCCAAUAACUACUACAUUGAACGCACACCAAAACGCAGAGACAGUGACCGGGAAAGCAAGAGUUAUCGUCGGCGCGACCAGGACCGAUCCGAGAGUCCAGAGCGUGAGAAGAGAAGAAGCCGCCGAGGAACACAAGAUACUCUGGACGAUGACUUGGAUCGGGAGCGCGACAGGCACGAGCGUCCUCGCACCCAGCCAGGGGAUCCGUUUGUGCCCCCGAUCUCCACAAACAUGCCGCCUAGCGCCCCAGGCGGGCAGUUUGCCGCCGAGAUUGGCGCCCCAGGAUUUUCGCAAUUCCCCAUGCAAUACGACGCUGGGAUGCCAUCCGCAGGCCACUCGCCAGCGCAUGAAGUUUCAUAUGACCCGCACGUGCAGCACCAAUUUCCUGGCCAGUUCCCAGAGCAAAGUACUGCACCGUAUCCACCGCCUAACCCCGCCGGUGCUGCGGCGGAUUACUAUGGUGACCAGGGCCAGUCGGUUGAGCACCAGCCCGGUAUUCGACCGGCUCGCCCAAAGCCCAGCAGCCUGGGAGAGACGGGUGCGGCGGCGGCCUAUUUUGAUGAUAAUUUCCAUGCUCCGGCACAGCAUGGCCAGCCGCCAGCAUUGUCUUCAUCUAGACCCCCAAAGCCGUCUAAGCCCUCGAGCCCCCCGAAGCCUUCUUCAUCGGGCGUUCUUCCUGCUGCCGCCAUUGGAGCUGCCACUUAUGGCAUUGGUGAUAUGAUGUCUCACUCCGAGUCGCAUUCCGCUGCCCAGCACACUACUUCAUACACUCAGCAGGGCCAGCCAAUGGGAUACGGUCAGCCGAUGGCAGGCAGCAGCCACCAGUCUCCUUCUAAGCCGUCUCACUCUCAUAGCUUCAGCGAAGGCGUCGGUAUUGCGGCUGCAGGUGCUGCAACAGGGUACAUGAUGGGUCAUCACCAUCAUUCCUCCAGCCCGGAGCACGCACCGCAAUACGCUUUCCAGCAUCACGGGCCAUCUUCUCAAGCUGGUGGUAUGAUACCGUAUGCCUCUGGCCACAACAAUGCUUUGUAUGCUGCAGGCGCGGGAGGAUACGCUGUCCAGGCUGCCCACAACCCGGGCUUCUAUCCUCAUGGACCCAGCGCGCUAGCUUUCCAAGAGCGUCAGCGUGGUGCCAUGGGCAGAUUCGUGGAUUUCUGGCGUGAUCCCGAGGCCGUUGGAAGAUUCGAGGACUACACGGAAAGUAUUGGUGUGUGCAAAUACUGUUUCCAACCUGGCACGAGCUCCGUCGAUGCUCCUCGCAAGCAUCAUUAUAAUAGUCGCCGUCGAUACUCCGACGAUCGGCGGAGCAGUGGUAGCUCCAGAGUCAGCAAAAUUAGCCGGUACAACUCCUCCGAAGAUGAGAGCCGCCGACGGUCCAAGUCCAAAAAAUCUUCCUCGUGGCUGCCUGGCAUGCUGGCCGGCUAUGCGACCAAGUCGCUCUUCUCAAGCAAGGAGUUUGACGAUUCUUACAGCCUUCGCUCAGGCCGAGUAGCCUCCUCCCACGGGGAAGAAGAUGACAGAAGGAGCCAUACCUCUCGUGGUGUGACCCGUCGUUCUGGUCGCAGUCCCCACAGAGAACAUUAUGUAGACUCCAAGCAUGCGUCGCAUUCUGGACAUUCUCGAUACACACGCUCCAGAUCGCGGUCUUCCUCUCGAUCUGGCCGGCAUUCGUAUCUGAAGGAGGCCGCACUCGGUGCCGCAGUGGGCGGGGCUGCGCUGGCUGUUUCAAAGUCGCGCAACCGCUCCCGAAGUCGUUCUCCUGGAAGACGACAGAGCCGAAAGGAUUCCUCCUCAUCAUCGUCAUUUGUUAAUCUUCCCAGGCCCGGCAAGAAGUCCAUCGCUAGUGGUAUCGGGUCUUUCUUUACUGCUUCUUCUGAGAAUAGGAAGAAACGUCAUACCAAGAAGCGCAGCGGUUUCUUCUCUUUCAGGAGUGGCUCUUCAUCCUCUUCAUUGGAUAAUGAUCUUGCUUUCGGAGAUGGAUUUUCGAAGAAGUCCUCUAAGCUUAAGAAGGGCAAGAAGAAUAAAGAUGUCGAUACCGCUUUGCAAGAACUCAGCGACACCGCAACCCGGUUGGCUGGCUCCUCGCCCCACGGUCCCGGCCGCAGCGCAGGCCAGAUGUACACAUCUCGACCAAGGCAAUCUAAAUACGCCCAAUCUACCACACAGGACGAAGACUGGGUUGAUGCCGAGUCGGACGACCAGUCUUCUUCAAGUAUUAGCUCUGCGCUCGCAUUCGGAGGAACCAGUGUUGAGUCUUCCUCUGACUCCGCCAGUAGCAAAUGGGGCUGGAGAUGGGGAAGCAAGAAGGACAAGAAGAAGGACAAGCGGUCGAGUGCCACGAAUGCCGCUCUGGUAGCUGGCGCUGGCGCUAUUGGUGCCGCUGCAAUCUCUUCUGCGCGUCACCGUGAUAGCGAGCCCCCGAGUAGAUCUGGGAGCUUACAACACGUUUACCCAAUGCCUACUUCUGACCCGUCUCGCUUUGAUGUUGCGAAAAUGUCCCCAUCGGUAUUUGCCGGGGAACCAACUCUCAUCCGCCCGGGACCCAUUCCCCUUCAGCAGCCUCAGCCUUUCACCCCCGUCUCUCAAUCAGUUUAUACUACCCAGGGAGCUAUGCCGGGAUCGAUCCCCGUGUACAGUGCCCCAGCAGUCCCAGUAGCCCCACCCGCUUUCGCCAAUGGGGUUGAACACGAUGGCUCGCAGGUCCAAGGCCCUCGUGAUCCAGCAUGGGUACCAGAAGGGCCAACAUACGUCGACCACCGGAGACCUCAUCGUAGUGAUUCCUCUCCUGUUUUCCCCACCCAGGAAACUGCUUCUAGCCUCAAGCGCCGGUUUACCGCUAAGGAUCAAGCCUCUGUGCAAUUCAACUUGACGGAAGAGCAAGCAGAGAGGGAACGCCAUCUCACCCGUCGUGACAAGGACUCCCGGGGUGAAUUUGCUGACCAGCCGGUUCAACUUAUUGACCGAGAGGUGGCCCGCAAGGAAACCGACCCUCGAGAUCGCCGCCGAAAGGAGCGAGAGGAUGAAGAGCGCCGGUAUGCCGACGACAAAGGAAAGAACUCAUCCUGGGUUGGAGCAGCGGCUGCUGGAGCAGUUGGCGCGGCUGCUGCCAGCACUAUUCUCUCUCGCAAGGCAGAUGAUGACGAAGCUUCUGAAGCCAGCCAGCGAUACAAUGAGCGCCGAGAGAAACGCCGCGCUGAGCGAAAGCGAGAUAUGGAUACAGUGGCAGAUACUUCGAUUGUGUCGCGCUUCGAGCCUGCUCAGCCUAUUAAUGAAAAAGUGACCACGGUGGAACCUCGCGAAGACCAGAAGAAAGCGUCUCCUCGAUCUCCCCGUCCAGCACCCAUUUACGAUGAUUACGCGGAAUUUUACGCCCCUGAGGAGAUACGACAUAGCGCAGAUGAUCAUGCUCGCAGCAGCAACUCCAAUAAUAUGCCCACAAUUGUGGAGAUAGAGCCGGCCGGCGAACGUGCACAUAAGGAGCCUGCGCCUGCAGAGCUAGAUUAUUCAUAUGAACCCUACCAACACGUGGACCGGCUCCCAUGGCCAGUCCCUGGGCUCAACUUCAUUGAGCCAACUCCCCCCCAGAGCGUGCACGGUGGUUCCGUACGCGACGCUACCUCCCCAACCGCCCCUGCAACUAAACCUUAUGAUACCAAGCCUCGAGAACGACCAACCGGCUCCCGGGUCUCCUGGGGCGAACAUGAGACUCAUGAAUAUGAGAUCCCCUCUUCUUCUGAACAGGAUCCUCUUGAGCAUGACAUUUCCCCCACCGAAAUUUCAGCCAAGGAUGUUCCUCUCCCAGCAUCCGAGAUAUCCCAAAUUAAGGGUCUCCCGGGCAAACCAGAGUAUGGCGCAGACAUUGAAUUCGCUGCCACAAUCGCUGCUGCAACUGCCGCUGCCGGAUUCGAUCCCACUCUGAUCACAAACGACCCAUCCUACCAUACCCGUACCUCCCCUCCUGGGUCGGAGGACGAACACACAUUUACCUCACCCUGGUCUGCAUCAGCUCGGAAGGGGCCCCAUGGCUUCGUGGAGGGCGAGCUUGAAGAAAUUGACCCCAAGUCUACUAAGAAUAUCCCUUCAGGUUCUGAGCAUGCGGUCCAUAAUAAGGAUGAGUUUUUCUUUGACGAGCCGGAAUUAUUCUCAAGAGACCGGGAUAUUUCUUCGGGACGCCGUGACAAAUCCUCGAUUGCCCAGGAGGUGAUCGAGCAGCUGAAUGGCAAAUAUGGCAAGCGCGAUCGUACCGCUUCCCCCGAAAAAGACGUAGAUGUCUUCUCGAUGCCUGGUGGCUUUGACACAGCCGACUCUAGAGAGUUGGUUGAUAAUAGAUCUGCGGUCUCGGCGCCGGCACCUGUUGCUAUGGACCCAGAGACCCCGACCAAGUCUAAAUCUAAGAAGUCGAGGCGGAGUGGCGAUGUCUUUGAUCUCCCCGAGUUCCAAGAGCGGGAACUCGCCGAGUCUGCUGUUAUGAAGGAUAAGGCACCGAAAUCCCGCAAGUCCCGGCGCAGCGGCGACGACUUCGAGAUUUACGAGUCACGGGAGGCGUCCCCAUAUCGGGAUGACUCCCAUUCUGUUGUCUCUGCCCCUGUCUCAAAGGAUGAAACAUCCAAGUCAAAGUCCAAGAAGUCUACGAGGAGUGGUGAUGACUUUGGUAUCAUUGACUACUCGGAGUCGGUGGUUCCUGAGUCUCGUGAUGAUUCUUUCUCUAUUGUCUCUGCUCCUGUGUCGAAGGACGAGACAUCUAAGUCCAAGUCCCGCAAAUCCCGACGAAGCGGCGACGACUUCGAAAUCUACGAGUCACGCGAACCCUCUGAAUCUCGGGAUGACAUCCGCUCGGUUACUUCUACUCCUGCUGGCAACGAGUACGAGUCGUCCAAGCCAGGAAAAUCGAGAUGCAGUGGGGAUGACUACGAUAUUCCUAGAUCGCGAGGGAUCUCCGAGUCUCAUGACGAUAGCUGGUCUGUCUUCUCUGCACCUGUGUCGAAAGAUGAGACUAGCAAAUCCCGUCAGUCUCGACGCAGCGGAGAUGACUUUGAUAUAUCCGCAUCGCCGGAUGUAUCCGAGUCGCGUGAUGAGUCUCGUUCCGUAGUCUCUGAAUCAGCAAAGUCUAGAAAGUCUCGUCGCAGCGGCGACGAUUUCGAUCCACGUCGCGACGCUGAGGCUGUUCCUGACGAAGAACGUGGCGAGGAGAAGAAGAGACGGCGCAAGCGUCGAUCCAAGCAUGAAAAUGACCCUUUCUCUGUUGAGGAUGAUGCCCGCUCUGCCAUUACGGACAUUGGAGACGACAAGUCUGAGCCCCGUAAGCAUCGGCACCGCUCAUCCCGGGAAGCCGAAUUUGAUGACAAUGCCUCUAUAACCUCUUCUCCAGCUCGGAUUGACGAAUCCCGGGAGAAGCGCCGAGGCAAGGACGAGAAAGAAAAGAGCGGUGGCUUUUUGAGAAGUAUUUUUGGCUCGCAGGUAUCGGCUCCAGCUGAGCGUGUUCGGUCUGACCAUUCUCGCUCUUCCUCGCUGGACAAGCGAUCAUCCCGCGAAGCCAUAUCUGAUGCUGGUGUGGACGAUGAACGCCGCCGUCAUAAGAAGCGUUCUUCCAAACACCGCAGCUCCAGCAAUGGAGAUGAAUUGGAUCGCUACAUGUCGGACAAGGAGAAGGGUCAGGAUGACCCAAAUCUGGAGGAGUACAGGUCCAGUAGACAGCAAAAGGAAGAGCGGCGUCGUCAUCGGUACGAGGAAAUCGUGGAUUCAGGAAGGAAACGGGAAUCUGAGAAGGACUAUAGUGACAACUUCGACGAAGAAUCUUUCUUAAGGGAGCGCCCUGAAAUUCUAGCAGAGCGCGAAAAUUAUGCUUCGUGGCUUCCAGCAUCAGCGGAUAGCGCAGCCGCACUCGCCCCGGAGCCACUCAGCCUCCCCCCAGCCACAGAGAAGACACUUGACUUGACCCCGAAGUCUCUGAGCCGCCCCGCUUCACCUGAAACAAGCCACCCCCAGGGGUCCCGAUCCCCCAAGCAACGCCGACACUCCGUGGCCAAGUCCACUAUCGAAUCACCCACUGCCGUGCCUCUCCACUUCCGUCGGCCCCCAACUUCCCCAGGCCUCUCGCGCGCAGUCCCCGUUGAACAACCCGCCCCCAUCGCCUCCCCCGGCUCCCCGACCCAGCAACGCAACCGCCGGCCCGCGUCAUCCGAGUUCCGAAACUCGCGCGAGAUCCGCCCUCUAUGGCUUGUCGAGCGCCAUGGUCUGACCAAGGGCGAGCCCGAGGCCGCGGAUCUCUUGCCAUCGCUUCCAUCCAGCAAGAACUCCUCCCGCGUGCCGUCAGUAGAGGACCUAAAAUCCUUGCGCGACGACGACGGCAUUAGAAGCUGGGAGCAUGUAGACCUGAGCCACUCAAUUAUGGAGAACCAGAGGCCGACCGGUCUGACCAUUUCCACUGACCAUGCAAAUGAAAGCCAUAAUAGAGACCUUGAUCUCCUCGGCUCGCAGCACCCCACGCCUAUCGCUGAACACUUCCAAGACGGCGAGUCCAGGAAAGAGAGGCCCAGGUACGAAUUCCACUCUCCCUCUGAGCUCCUGCGGGACCCAGCUGUUCUAGACGAGUUGCCUCCUUCACCCACGCUGGACGCUCUCCCUUCUGCAGAGGGCUCCAUGGUUGGCGUUGGCUCCAGGGAGCAAGAAACACAGCGUGCUCUCGACGCUCUCGAGGGUGUGUCCCGUCCUCAUCACGAACCUGAAACCCCGACCCAAGAGAAGAGUUCGUUCUUCAGCGGCGCUGCGGAUUUGGCCAAGGGCGCUGGCUUUGCCGGUGUUGUCGGUGCAGCUGCCAUUGAGGCUACCAGGGACCACGACGAGUCUCGCUCCUUGCCUGCAGAUGAGUCCACUAAGGACCACGGCUUUAGCAAUGUUGUCGAUGCAGAGGUUGCCGCUGCCGGUUCCUAUCACGACCAUGACAAGGCAAGUGUCAAUGAGGAAGCGCUUAAUGAGCCCGUUAUUUCCAUGGAUGAGAAUGCUCCCGCUGCGCUUGAGUCUGUGCACCCAGAGACGGACACAGCCAGGGGAUUUGUUCCUGAAUUGACUGAGCAGCAUGUUGAGACUUCUGAGCUUCAAACUCAGCCCGACAUAGAUGCCGCUGCCGAUGAAGGUGCGGCUACCCAGUCCUCUAAGAAGAAAAACAAGAAGAAGAAGGGCAAGAAGAACCAGGCCCAAAAUGUGGAUCUCGAAGCCCCCGAGGAACCGCUCACGCAGGAAGAUUUGGCAAAGGAGUUGGUACAGGACUCUGCUGUUGACGCGCCUGUAGUCAAAGCUAUUUCUGAAGAGCCCGAGCUUGCUGUCCCUGAGCAAUCCGGGCCCGAGCUUGAGAAUGUUGAGGCAUCCCGCGAGCUUGGACCCGAUCCUGUGGUAGAAGCUGCUCCUAUUGAGUCCGUACCUAUCGAGAGCGCUUCGGUCGAGCCCGUGGUUGCUGUUCCUGAAAAAUCUGAGCCCGAGCCCAUCGAGGCUGUUCGUGAGCUUGAGUUCGAGCCUUUGGUUGCAGCAACUGAAGAACCAGACUCUGUCACUGCUCCUGACUCCGAACCUACUCAGGUGAAGCCUACUGACACCGAACAGGCUGAGGACACUGCAUCGUCAACUAAAAAGGCCAAACGCGACAAGAAGAAGCAGAAGAAGAAGUCUAGAAACGCAUCUACUAGUGAAGAGCCUGCAGAUGACACCCUCGUUGCUCAGCCUCAGGAUGAUACCUCUGACUCUAAGGAGAUUCAGGGCUCACAAGAAGACAAAAUAUCUGCGUCUACGGACGAGAUUGUUGCUGCUCACUUGCCCGAGGACAUUGCUACUUCUACUGAACUCCCCGAGAGCACCUCUGAUCAGCCUGUGAUCCCAUCUGCUGCCACUGAUAUAGAGCAAGCUCCAAGUCAGCAGCAAUCCGGAGAGCUGGCUCAGCCUAUGGAACAUGUAUCUACUGAAGAAUCCGUUCUACCUGUUUCCGAAGAUCGCAGUCUACCCGUUCGGGAAGAGCCGACCCCAGACCCUGUUUUCACUGAUGCCCACGAAACCCAAACUCCGGGUGCGAAUCAACCAGAAGCAGAGGAACUAUCCCGCAGCUUCGAAGAGAUUGAGAAGCCAACUGAAGAGUCUGCUCCAGAGGCCCCUCUCGAUUACACCACCCCCAAAAGUCCUGAAACACCCAAAGAAGACACCGAAGGCGAAGACAACUUCGAAGAGGCUGUCGAGGAACAGAUUCCACGGCCCACCGAAGAGAAGAAUGUGCCUGUACCUGAGCCUGCCAUCGAAGUGGCUGCAGAUUCCCCCGCAGAAGCUUCGGAAACAAAGGUGGAGAAGCGGAAAAACAAGAAAAAGAAGAAUCGCAAAUCCACGGCCGUCGAAGAACCUGAGAUUUCCGCUGAAACGCCCGCUCCCAAAACCGAAUCCCAGCCAGAAAGCAAAGAGCUCGAACCUGAGCAAUCAGCUGUUGUCGAUCCUGCGGAUACCCAAUCCCCUUCGAUUGGCGGUGAAGCCUUACCUUCUGAUUUUGAACAUCUUGAACAGCCAGCCAAGGAUGUCGACCAACCCUUUGAAACCACCGUUGAAGGGCCUGCAGCUACCCAAGAGCAGGAGCAAGUCCCAUUGGAGGCUGAUGUGGAUGUAACACCUGUCGCGACCGAGCCAGUGGGACCCACGGGGCCAUCCGAUGGACUGUCAGGGCCAGCUGUCGUCGAGGAUCAUCCUAACGCUGAAUUCCCGGAUCUUGCUGAGGAUGCUUCUCGUGAAAUCCCAGAGCCUUCUGCUAUUGAGACUCAACCCGAACCUGAAGCCGAGCCUGAAGUCGUUUUGACGGCGGCCCAGAAGAAAAAGGCCAAGAAGAAUAAAAAGAAGGGCAAGCAGAGUGAAUCUUCUAUUUCUUACGACGAGAAGCCUGCUGAGUCUACUUCGCCGGCACCUGAAAUUGAGACCGCCGCCGAAGAUAAAGAUAUAGCCAAGGAAACCCCUCUUAUCACCGAAGACGCAUCGGUGGAUGCACCUCAGCAAGUAAGCGAGAUGGAGCUGCCCGUUGAGGUCAAACAAUUGCCCGACCCCGAGCAACUUCCUGGGCUUGAACAAAUUUCUGAGGCUGUACCGAUCCAGGAAGAACCAUCUCCUGGCCCUCUUCCGGAACCAAUGACAGAACCCAAGGAAGACCCCAUCGCACAAGAGGAGCAGGCCAAAACCGAAGAAUCUCUUGCCGAGCCAGAGGUCCUUAUGACCGCUGCGGAGAGGAAGAAGGCCAAGAGGGCGAAGAAGAAGCAGCAGCAAAAGGAGCAAGAAGACAGCAUUGUCUCUGUUCCUGGAGACAUCCAGCCCGUUGAGAUUGUGCCUACGCCCGAUGUCGAAGCCGCCGAGCCAAGCAAGGACAUUGCGCCUGCCGUGGAAGUUGAUCAUGUUGCUGUUGCUCCAGCGGACUUCUCAGCAGCUGUGCCUUCCGAGCCUGCCAAGACUGAACCGGAUGUUGUGCUUACAUCUGAAAACGAGCCCGAGGCCGCUCUGGUCACUGAAGAUACUCUUCUCCGUCUCAAUACUGAGGCCAUUGAGCCAACAAAAGAUAUCGAUCCUCUUGCUGAAGCCGAGCUCCCGGUAGAAGACGCUGCCCCAUCGUCUCAGAUUGAGGCCACCGAAGCUAUCGCCGAUGCUCCACUUGUAUUAGAAGAAGUUGCCGCUCCUGCCAAAGAGGACGAUGCCUUGAAGGCAGAGGAGCCGAAUAUCAAGGAUGCGACCCCUGUGAUGACAGAAGAACCCUCGGUUGACGCUCCAGAGGUUGAUGCCCCCAAAGCACAAGAACAAUCUCCUGAACCCGAGGUUCCAAUGACUGCCGCCGAGAGGAGGAAGGCUAAGAAAAACAAGAAGAAGCAACAGAAGCAAGAUUCCAUGCAGCUUGACGAGCAGCCCACGCAUGAGACUGACCCUACUUCUACGGAGGAAAAGAGUGGUGAUAUUUUACCCGAGAGUGAAGCCUCUCCCAUUGGUGAAGCUAUUGUGGGUGUCGAUGAGCCCUCUAAAUCCGAGGCAGCGCGCGAUCCUGAAGUCGAGACAAAGGCUGAACAGGAACAAUCUCAGGAUGUGGCAAUUCUCGACUCCGGACUUGCCCCCGAGGCACCCGCAGACGAGACUAUUUCUACCUCGGAGAUUGCUGAACAAGCUGUUGAUCUUCAGGACGAGGACAAGGAAACCGCCCCAGAGCCUACAGUUGAAGUUGCUUCCACGGAAGAGCCCCAAGAAGAACAAAAGCUUGAUUUGGCCAUCAGCGAGGAGCCUGCCUUAGACAAGCCCCUCGAUGAGAAACCCGCAGAGUCUGCGCCAGAGUCAGUUGUGGAGGAAAUUAAGCCUGUGGAGUCCACAGCAAGUCCAGUGGCGGAGCAGGCUGAAGAUGAACAGUCGGCAACUUCUUCGAAGUCAAAGAAGAAGAAGAAGAACAAGAAGAAUCGCCAAUCAGUUGCUGCCGAAGAAGAUCAGCUUGCACCCGCUGAGGAGGAGUCCAGGCUUGUCCCCGCCGAGGAAGAGGUUAAGCUUGCACCCGCCGAAGAAGAGCAUACACCUGUGCUUACUAAGAGUGAAUCCAUCGAACCCGCCCCAUCUCAAGAUCCCGAACAGCCAUCUCCUAGUAAAGAUGCGGAGACUGCUAUUGUGACGGAAGAGGCGCCUGAGGCCGACGACCCCUCUUCGGAAGAGACCACACAGCUAGAGGCCCCUGCCGAUGCACCUGUCGACGCCACCGAGGCCGCUGAAGAGGCAUCGAUGACUCCUGCUCAGAAGCGGAAGGCUAAGAAGGAUAAGAAAAAGCGCCAAUCAGGUUCUGCUCCAGAGGAGUCUACGGCCGUUCCCGCUGAAGAAGAGCCUACACCUAUGCCCACUGAAAGUGAAUCCAUCAAAUCCGCGGCACCUCAAGAGGUUGAACAACCUUCUUUCGAUGAGGAUGCAGAUACCCCUAUUGUGACAGAAGAGGCCCUUAAGGCUGAUGAUGCCUCCAUAGAAGAGACUUCGCAACCAGAGGCCUCUGCCGAUGCAGCCACUACUGAGGCCGCCGAGGAGGCAUCGAUGACGCCUGCUCAGAAACGGAAGGCUAAGAAAGACAAGAAAAAGCGCCAGUCAGCUGCAGUUGAAGAGGAGCAACCUACACCUGCCGAGAAGGAGUCUAAGGCAGUUCCCGCCGAGAAAGAUGUUCAGUUUGCACCCGCCGAAGACGAACCUACACCUGUGCCUGCUGAGGCUGAAUUCACCGAACCAGCGCCAUCUCAAGAGGCUGAGCAGCCUUCUCCCAAUCAAACCGCGGAUACCCCUAUUGUGACGGAAGAGGCGCCUAAGGCCGAUACCUCCAUAGAACAGACUUCGCAGCCAGAGGCCUCUGCUAAUGCAGCCGCCACCGAAGCCGCUGAAGAGGCAUCAAUGACACCUGCCCAGAAACGGAAGGCCAAGAAAGAUAAGAAAAAGCGCCAAUCUGUUGUUGCCGAAGAGGAACAGUCCGUGCCUCUUGAGGAGGCCAAGCCUGAAUCAGCCGAGGAAGAGGUCAAACCUACACCAGCCGAAGAGGAGCCCAUGCCUGAAUCCGCACAGAGAGAGCUCCUUGAGCCUAUCUCGGCACCGGAAACCGAACAGUUCACUGUUGACAAAGAUGCGCAGCCUCCUAUUAUGGUAGAAGAAGCGCCCAAGGCCGAUGAACCCUCUCUCGAAGAGACUUCUCAGCCAGAGGCGUCUGCCGAUGUACCCGUCGAUGCAGCCGCCACCGAGGCCGCUGAAGAGGCCUUAAUGACUCCUGCUCAGAAGCGGAAGGCCAAGAAAGAUAAGAAAAAGCGCCAAUCAGUUGUUGCCGAGGAGGAACAGGCUGCACCCGCUGAGGAGGAGUCUAAGGUUGUCCCCGCUCCGGAAGAGCCCACUGAGCCUGAGUCGACUCAGCAAACAGAACAACUAGCCGUCGACAAAGAUGCGCAGCCUCCUAUUAUGACAGAAGAAACGCCCAAGGCCGAUGAACCCUCUCUCGAAGAGACUUCUCAGCCAGAGGCGUCUGCCGAUGUACCCGUCGAUGCAGCCGCCACCGAGGCCGCUGAAGAGGCCUUAAUGACUCCUGCUCAGAAGCGGAAGGCCAAGAAAGAUAAGAAAAAGCGCCAAUCAGUUGUUGCCGAGGAGGAACAGGCUGCACCCGCUGAGGAGGAGUCUAAGGUUGUCCCCGCUCCGGAAGAGCCCACUGAGCCUGAGUCGACUCAGGAAACAGAACAACCAGCCGUCGACAAAGAUGCGCAGCCUCCUAUUAUGACAGAAGAAACGCCCAAGGCCGAUGAGCCCCCUAUGGAAGAGGUCAAACGGCAGGAUGCCCCUGCUGAUACAGCUGUUACCGAGCUUGCUGUGGAGGAGACAAUGACUGCCGCACAGAAAAAGAAGGCCAAGAAGGACAAGAAAAAGCAACGCAAGUCUGUUGCUUUUGACGAUGAUGUCACCCCGGCCGAAGAGCUGCACCCAGAGCAAGAUUCCCCUGCACCUGAAGACAAGGUUGAAUCUCAAGAUGCUCCAGUUGAGCUGGUUACUUCCGAAGAAUCAGCCAAGGAGUUGCCAUCGACUGAAGGAGUCCCCGAGCCUGCUGCUGAAAGGGAAGUUUUGGAGACAACAGAAGAACCCAUUUCCUCGGAACAAAAUAAGGAGAUCACCGAGCACGAGCUAGCCUCCACUGCUGCUCCCGGUAGCAUUCCAGCUGAAGUCGAGGAGACAAAGUCCGCAGCGCAGUUGCUGGAGCAGCCGGAACAAGAGGCCCAGACUCCCUCAGAGCCCCAGUCGCCCAGUGCACAAGAGCCCGAAGUUGCCUUGACUGCGGCGCAAAAGAAGAAGGCGAAGAAGAAUAAGAAGAAGGGCAAGUCUGUGGACUUAGCCGACAACGCCCCUGCUGCCAUAGACGCAGCGCAAGAAUCUGACCCUAAAUCUGAGCCCAUUAUUCAAACUUCGACUGAUGCUCCGGCUGAAGCUCUAGAGUUGCAAGAUAAUUUAUCCCCUGAGCCAGCACAGCCCGCAGAAGUUCUGGAGCAAGAAAAUACGAUCGAGCCCGGGGCUUCCAAGGCGGAGGAACUCGAGACAACAGGAACCGUAUCCGACGAUGUGCCAAAAGAGGAAACUCCUCGUGUCAAGGAGACCGACAAUGAACCACCGGCCACCGAAGCGAUUGCCUCUUCUCCUGCCGAGCCGACCGAAGAAGAAGCUGGCAUGUCCGCUAAGGAGCGACGCAAAGCUGCUAAGAAAGCGAAGAAACGCCAGUCCAAGAAUGUCGACGCCGAAAACGACGCUACAACAUCCGAUUCGCCUUCUGCCCUGGCGACCGUGCCUGCUACACCCAUUGAAGCAGCCAAUAGCGUCGAAAAAGUCCUCACCUCCACGGACACAGACGCCCCUGGACUUUCAGCCGUACCGGCGUCCUCGCCUGCGGAACAUGACGGUAAAGAACAUCAGUCCCACGCCAUAGAAACUUACGACGCCACGGCGCAAGAUACGGCCUCGACUGAUAAAUACAUGUCUUCGCAGGUAGAGCAGAUGCCGAUAGAGAGUCCUUUUUUAGAUUAUCCUCCCCAGCCCGUGCUUGAGCGUUCAGUUGAUUCCGGCGAGUUGGUGGAGGGAAAUUCUCAGCAGGAGGGUGAUGUCGCCUCAACUGCACAGGAGCCAGAGGGGGAGUUGGUUGAGCCUGCAUCCCUUGAGCAGAUAAAGACAGUUGGUGAUGGUGAGAAUGUUGAGGAGGAAUCGUCUGUGCCGGAAGCAGACGAUCUCUCCGCGGAGAAGAUUGAAGAGAUGCCUGUGGCUGUGCCGAUUGAUGUUAUCACAGAGGCACAGAUACAAGGAUCUCAUGUGGAGGAGGCUUCUGAGAUAACUGUCUCGAAGAAGCAGAAGAAGAAGAAAAACAAAAACAUAAACAAAAACCAAGAGGAAGCUGUGGCACCUGACCCAGAAAACUCCACUACAGAGGAAAAGGAGCAAACUGAAGCUGUGCCUUUGGUUGAGGCCGAGCCCCAGCUGGAGGUAAAGGAACUCACUGAACCUGAGCCUAUUGCCGAGGCCGAACCAGUGCUAGUUCCAGAGGAGCAACCGGCAGAUUAUCCACACGGCAUUGAAGAGACCGCCGCUGUCCAGACAAUCGAGGACAUUGAUGACACCAAAGAGAACAAUGUCGCGGAAGUUGAGGCCGUUGCCCCUCCCACUGAAGAGUUAGAAACAGCCGCUGUUCCAAGGAAGAAGAGUAAGAAGGACAAGAAGAAGCAACGCCAAUCAAUUCUUGCUCAAGAACCCGAGGCUGAGCCCCAGCCUGAGGAACAGCCAGCACGUGAGGUGGCUGAAACUUCUGUCCAAGAGGCUGAGACUGCAACGGAGUCAGCGCCUAUCGAGAUUGUUACGCAAGAUGAGCUUGUCACCAGGGCAGAAGAGUCUACAGUGCAGCCUGUUGAUGCCAUCGAGGACGCCGCCAAGGAUCUUGUAACGCCUUCUCAAGACACCGAACACCAUGUUCCAGUCCAAGAAAUUGAAAGCGGAGAGCGCUCCUCUGAACUUCCAUCCACUGAAUCGAAGAUCGAGGAAGAAGACAAGCCGGUCGAGGAAGCCGCCGAAACCGCAGCAGAGAUCCCAGAUGACAAGCAACCUAGCGAACAAGCGCCGCCUGAAGCCUCCCCUAAGCCCGAAGGGGAAUCGGCGACUGUCCCCAAGAAGAUGAGCAAGAAAGAGAAGAAGAGGGCCGCCGCCGCCGCCCUUCUGGAGGAAAAAAAACUCGUUGAGUCACAGCCUGAAACCGGGGAGCCCUCGACUAUUACUCCUCAAGCUAUAAAGGAAGCGGUGGAGCAGACUAUCAUUCAAGAGCCGCUGCCUUCAGAGACCGAAGGCAGCCCUCAAUCUGAGGCAGAGAGAAGCCUAGACGAAACGACAGGAUUGACAACUUCCGAGCCGAAGAAAGAUGUCCUAGAGCAGCCUACUGAGGCUCCCAAGUCCACCGAGCCUCUUGAAUUUGGGGACAAACCGGAGGAGUCUAUAAAAGAGCUAGCUGGUGAGCCAGCUGCGGUCGAUACUAUUACUCGGAAAAUGUCAAAGAAGGACAAGAAAAGAGCCAAAAAACAAGGGAAGCAAGAAGUCAUUGAGCUGGCUUCCCCUCUGACCAAGGACCAUAUCCCUACCACCGAGCCUGCAACUGCAGAGGUUGCCCCUGAACCGGAGGCAACUAUUAAGGAUACCCCAAUAGAGCUUGUUCCUACUGCCGAGCCCGCGACUACGGAGGCUGCUAUUGAGCUGGAGGCGACUCCUGAUGAGACCCCAACUGAGACUGCUGAGCCUGAGUCCAUUGGCCGGGAGGAAAUUCAGGACGCUCCUAAGCCCGAGCCUGAAAGCAUUGAGACGCCAGCUCUUGGUGGAUUUGGCAUUGUAUCGGAAGACAAGCGACCUCCAGAAAGAGAAAAAAAUGAAGCAGUCGUCUUUCUGGACACACUCGAUACGCCAUCACCCACAGAAUCCACUGGCCAAGACACCAACAGUGAGCCCCUUGACCUCGAGGGUCCUGCCGAGAAGAAGGCCACGGGAGGCGAGGCCCAAGUUCGGGCCGAUGCACGGGACCUUGAGAAAACAGCUGAUCUCGAGGUCGUCGAGGGCCUCAUUGAGGACCAACCUGGAGAACCUGAAGUGCCGCCGGCUCUGUCCAAGAAAAUGUCAAAGAAGGACAAGCGCAGGGCCAAGAAGAAUGCCGGAGUCACCGAAGAAGUCUCGACUCAACAACCAGAAGAGACUCAAGCUGAUGUGGCUGAGUUGCCGACAGAAUCCGAGAUCCACCAGACAGAGGCUACUGUGGAGCAAGAGAUCCCCAAGGAACCUGAACAUGCUGCAGAGCCUCAGCCUACAUUGGAGCGAGAGUUGCCAAUUGAGGACCCCCUUCCUAUUGAGGAUCAGCCUAUACCCGAGCCAGAAGUUCAGGUUGAGCCUACACAACCCGACGAAGAACCUGUUGUCGGCGAGGGACUUCCGCUUUCACGCAAGGCCUCGAAGAAGGCCAAGAAGGCUCAAAAAGCCAACAAAUCCCUGGAUAUUGAGCUUCCGGCUCAAAACACGAUUGACGCAGAUCAGCAUGCUACCAUUGUGCCAUUCGAAGAUGACCACUCAAAGGCACCAGUCACAGAAAUUCCAGACGAGAAUUUGCCCCAUGACGAAGAAGACUGGCCGGCAAUUGAUUGGCAGGCCAAGUUCGAAGAGUCCCAGAGAUUAAGAGAAGCGGAGCCUGAGCCUGAGCCGGAAGUUCCACCUCCCGAGCCGGAGAUUAUUGGAGAAUUUGUUGAAUCUUCAUUCCCCGAGGUCUUGGAAGAGGCAGAUGAAGCUGCGGAGGAAGAAUCUUGGGCUUUGCGGAGCAAAAAAGACAAGAAGAAGGCCAAGAAGAACAAGAAGCAGUCACAACAAGCUGCCCCGGGACCCGAGGAGCCUUCACUGGAACCCUUGAAUGACAAAGAGAUCGAACCGCCUGCUCGAACAACUACUCCCGGUGGAUCUAAGAUUGCCAACUUAUUUCCCGGCCUGGAGCGUGGGGGAUUUCGGCGAUCGGCUUUGGACCAGCCAACACCGUCGCUAAAAGAUAGUGCUGAGGAUGAGACAACAACAGAGUUGGAAGCGAAUCGAGAUAUCGCGAUCCCUGUCUCGGAAGCACCCCUAGCGACCACUGAAAUCAAAGAAAUCCCCCAAGGUUUUGCUUCUGAGCUGCCCAGCAGCCUUGAAAGACAAAUUGAGGCAACAAUCUCGGAACUGAACGGUCACUCCGAACCUCCUACUGCUACGGAAAAUGAAUCAAUUAGGGAGCCAGACCAUCCGACGCAAGGCGAAAAGUCCUUGGAUGCCCCAUUAUCGUUGUCAAUGGAGCCCUUCAAUGAACGGACUCGUACUGAGGAGCCUUCUUCUCCUACGCGUCUUCCACCCCGGACAGAAGGAGAGGAACUGUGUGAACUACGCCGAUCACCCUCAAUCCAUGGACGGCACCAGCAUCCUCCCCGAACAUGGAGUUUGGAUGAACCUUCUCUACCAGCUCUUGCCCCAUCGCCUCCUCGAUCGCUCUUCGGACCGAUUGACGAUGUGCGACCUCGGACACCGCUUGAUACAAUUGCGGAACAAGAACCACGGGAUGUUCAGGGAGGGACGGCUCGUCGCGGGACUCCCCGUCUGGAAAUGAAGCCCGAACAUGUCUUACCUCGACCUCAAACACCGGUCCGGAAAUUUACAGACAAUGCCUUUGAUCGAGAAGCUUGGCCUACAGAAAAGGAUUCCAAAGAAAUUCUCACACCCGAAGGGCCAAUUCUAAAGCCAAGCACCAGCAGUGGAAAAUUACGUCGUACAAAUCGCAGUAUUAGUGGCGAUCUGCGGGCGGCUAGUCGAGCACUAGAUUCCCAGCCUUCGAAUCUCGAUCUCGAUCAGCUCCCGUCUUCCUCCUCUUAUGACCCCGUCACCGACAAGGGCAAACGUCCGCUGCGAAAUAUGUCGGAUGUCUAUGAGGGAUGGGGUGAGACGCCCAAUUCCCCACGGUCGCCCAGCCGACCGCCUAGUGUCCGUCGUCGUCGCAGCAUGCAACACUUGCAAGACAUCGAAACCCGGCUCGAUCAGCUCAUCUCCGAGAACCGUCUACUGAUCGCCGCCCGCGAUGAAGCCGAACAUAAGCUUAAGAAUUCCAGCGUCGCUCGUCGAAAGAGCGACCGUGCGCUCAACACCCGCGACGGCGAUCUGCGCGAUCGGGAAUCAGAGGUGGAACAAUUGAAGAACUCAGUGGAAUGGCUGCAGAAGGAGACGACUCGCCUGACCCAAGAGAACGAGGGCCUGACCGCAUCCAACUCUGCUCUCGCCGCCGCGCACGCCGCCGAGGUCAACACCGUGCGCGAGUCGUCCACACGCGAACUGGCCGAGUUACAGUCGCAACACGCUCAACUAUCGUCCCAGAUGGAGGAUCGUGUUCGACAAGAGAUUGAGUCGGCUCUUGCGCAAAAAGAUAUUGAAUUGCGCCGUCUGCGCACCGAACUUGAGGAGGCUCGUGAUAAGGUGAAGGAGCUCCAACAACAAAUCGCAGCCUCGGUACAUGACAAUGCCCUUGUCUUCCGUGAUGAAGAGUACUUUGAUGCUGCCUGCCAGAAACUAUGUGGCCAUGUCCAAUCUUGGGUCGUACGCUUUUCCAAGCACAAUGAUAAGCGUCGCUGUCGCCCACUCAGUGAGUUGCAGGACGAAAAGAUCGCAGACCGAUUCGAUAAUGCCCUUCUCGACGGCUCCGAUCCCGAUGCCUACCUAUCCGAUCGUGUCCGCCGCCGCGAUGUCUUUAUGUCGGUGGUCAUGACGAUGGUCUGGGAAUACAUCUUCACCCGUUAUCUCUUUGGCAUGGAUCGAGAGCAGCGUCAAAAGCUCAAGUCUCUUGAGAAACAAUUGGGCGAGGUGGGCCCAACCCGUGCUGUGCAUCGCUGGCGAGCCACCACUCUCACACUACUGUCCCGCCGACCAGCCUUUGCUGCACAACGUGAGAGCGAUACGGAGGCUGUUACUCUAGAGGUCUUCCAAACCCUAUCACGGGUCCUCCCUCCUCCGUCUCAUGUUGAAUCCCAGCUCCUGGAUAAUCUCCGUAAGAUCAUGCGGGUAGCAGUCAGUCUGUCCUUGGAGAUGCGCACCCAGCUGGCUGAAUUCAUCAUGCUGCCGCCUCUGCAGCCUGAAUAUGAUACCAAUGGUGACCUUGCACGCCAAGUGUACUUCAACGCAGCCCUGAUGAAUGAGCGCAGUGGUCUGACAAACGACAACGGCGAGCUCGAAGCUCAACAGUCCAUUGUGCGCAUUGUGCUCUUCCCUCUUGUUGUCAAAAAGGGCAAUGAUGUGGGCGAGGGUGAGGACGAGGUUGUCGUCUGCCCGGCCCAAGUCCUCAUUGCCCGCCCCAGCAAAGACAAGAAAGUAUCAAGGAUGAUGAGCGGCGACCGCAUGUCCAUCGAUGCUUCCAAGUCGGUCCACAGUAUUGCUCACAGUGUGGCACCGUCAUCUAUGAUGGACAUGAGCAAUGUGAUCUGA